AGCACCCAGAACGCCCACGGCCAGACGACGACCGACGCUCUAGCCGCCCGCCGCCACCUCCGCCCGACCGAUGGCGCGACAGAGAGCGCGAACGGGACGACCGGCGGUAUCGAGCCCGUUCGCGCACGCCUCCGCCUCCGCCCCCGCCGCGCCCUAUGGACACCUACAUCGCAUCCGGCUCUCCGCGCGAUGAAAGGGCACCUCCACGCAGGCCACCGCUGCGCGAAUGGGAGCGCGACGACCGGCGUGCUCCGCGCGGCAGCUUUCCCAGUCGCGGGCCUCCACCGCCGAGGAGGGACUAUCCAGAAAGAGACAGAAGUAGAGAGCGGGAGAGGGAGAGAGAAAGAGACAGGGACAGAGAUAGGCGGGAGUGGGAGCGCGAUCGCGAGCGGGACAGAGUAAGGGGCAGAGACUAUCCGCCGCCGCCGAGGAGAGACGACCGAGACCGCCCGCCGUACCGCAGACGGCGCACGCCUUCUCCAUCACCGCCUAGACGUGCACCUCCAACUCGCGACUAUACCCCCGAAAGAGACAGAGAUUUCCGCCGACCACCACCUCGAUACAGAUCACGUUCGCGUUCACCGUCAGCAGCAUCCCGCCACUCGUCGCGCGGUCGACCCACCGGUGAAUACCUCCAACGCCCCCCUGCCUCGCGUCCGCCCCGACGCUCUCCAUCAAGCAGCCCGCGGCGCCGGCGCUCACUCUCACCGCGAUCCCCGCGCAAAGACUUAAGACGAUCACCAUCCCCUCCGCGUGCCCCGCGAGACAGAGAGCGCUCCCCUCUUCGCGCCUCUCGCCAGGGCAGCGAGCGAAGCCGGGAAGAUGGCCAAAUCACGCCAGUCAGCCAGCGCCCCUCAGAGCCACCUUCCAAGCCCACAGAACGAGCAGCCGAACCGCCCGCAGUGCCCGAGCACCAGCCCAGGAGGGAUGGCGACCGCGACAACGACGUCAAAAUGCGCGACCCCUCUCCUGUGCGCUCGCACCCGGCACCGACAACACCGGCUGCGGAUGCCCACGCACGCUCGUCGCGUUCCUCGCCGCGUCCGCACGCACCACCACCGCCGUUCGCCAGGCGUCCGCACUCGCCGCCGUCUGGACCGCGACACGGGCCCUCGGAAAAGCAUCUCCCGAGGCGCCCCGCCGAGUCGCCGAAGCACGGCAGCUCCCCUGCGCCAGCACCGGCACCGGCACAAGAGACGUCGCCCAAGGGCUUCGUCAUCCCCAUUCCAAAGUACGAGCCUCCGCCGAACUUGACUUUGCGGGAAGAAGAAGAGAUCGCGAAAAUCGAAGCCCAGCGCGCCCGGCUCACGGCGGACUACGCGCACCUCGCCAGGGCGACGCGGCGCGCGCUGCACGAGCUCGAUAUGACGGGCAUCGAGCUGCGGUCGGCGCAGCAGCGGCGCGAACAUGCCGAGGCGUUUUACAAGCGGGCGAACGCGGGGCUCGUCGAGGUUGGGGUGGAUGGAGUGUGAUCUGACGAAUAGAGGACCAAUGAUAAUUCUCCCCCCGUAAUAGACAUAGGACGGGCGCGCCGUGUUCGCGUGACAUUGCACGGGUAGCAUUAAUUAGUGGUGUAUACGGAGGCGGACGCAGGGUGUACCGUGCCAUGUAGUCGUCGAGUAGGCAGGCUAUGAGUCCGGUAUCUUUGUG